GAGAAAAAGAUUCAGUAAUACACUAAGAAGUUAUAACUUCUAGGGCAGUGGCAUUAAAGCGCAAAAUAACAUUCACAUCGUUUCCGUCUAAAGUCUUGUCGCUUCGGUCAUCUUGUGAUAUCAAAAUUCAGAUUCCGCGGGGUAGAGAAGAAGAAGAACUGGAGCACAGCAAAGAUGAAGAGGUCUUCGUCUCAACCCCUGCUGAAAUACUUUCAAGAAAGUGAUCGUGAAGAAAAAGCCAAAAGCGCGGGAAAGACAUGCAGAGAUUUGUAUAAAGACAAAGAAGAUAUCUUUGGCGCCAUUGCCUGCAAAAUUGCUCACCUGAACAUCAAUUUAAGAGAGCCCAUCAAGCGAUAUGAAGAAAUUUCUUGGGGAAAACAUGGAAUUUGGACCCAUGAACAGAAGGCAAGGGCAGCAAAGCUUGAGAAACAGCUGAAAGCGAGAUGGGCUCUUGAGAAGCUCAUUGAAGACCAGCUGAACUGUUUCCAGACCGACUACAACAAGGCUACGGUUCCAACUAGGCUCAAAGAUGUUGCCCAACUCCUCAUGCCCAAAGGAGCUCCACCCCUUGAAUUAGCAGCAUUUACUUGGCUUGGUGAUUGGCGACCCUCCUCCAUUUUGGAACUUCUGGGGUCACUUUCCCCUUUUCUAUCAGAGUCCAAUGGUGUAAAACAGGUGUUGCCCCAGUUGGUAAAUGAGAUUCGGAUUGAAGAGAGUGUGAUUGACGAAGAAAUGGCUGAAAUUCAAGCCACCUGUGUGCUGCAUCUCCCAUUUGGGCCAAUGAAAUACAGUAGCAAAAUUACUCCCCUGGAGUCUAUCCAGACCGAAUUUGAGAAAAUUUACAAGGUCCUCAGCAGAGCUAAAAUGCUCAGGUUCAAGGCAUUGGAGUUGGUGAUAAAGAAAGUGCUAAGCCAAACUGAUGCUGCAGAGUUCUUAGUUGCAUUUUCUGCUAUUCAAGAUUCCAUCCACCAAUUUGCUACUUACUCCAGAUCGCCAAAGGCAAAAAGUAAAUCCUUUCAAGGAAGGAAAUACAGCACUAUCCAUUAAGAUAGAAUAUCCAAAAGGAGUUCCUGACAUUAAUUUCAAAGUACUCUAUGUGAUUCUGUAUAGCUGCAGCCGUUAGUUGAAGGAAACAAAGAAAGUUUUGCCUUCAAAUCUCAUGCAGAUUUAUUCUCUCUGCUGUUGUUGUUCUGAAGUCUGCAUUUGGCUUCUGAAAAUAUUGAUUAGAUAUAGACAGGGAGGGUUUGAUCUUAUGGAAUGUAUAUUUCAGCAAUAUCUGGCAAGACUGGUUCUAAACUUGGGGACAGGUUAAAGAACCAACCUGAUUGGAAAUUAUGCUCCAAUGUAACUGGUUAGCAUUCGAAUGCAGCUGACUGGGGGAUCUUUAGCU